GCAAUGGCAUCGAGAGACCACUCUCACUCCUCAAACCAAACCAAAAAAGUCCCUCUCUUCCUCCCUCUCCUCUCUCUCCUCCUCUUCAUCUCCAUCUUCGCCGUCCUCUCCUCCAUCCGAACCACCACCUCCUCCGCCCCUUCCCUACCUCACCACUCCCUCCAAUUCCGCCGAUCCGACCCGCCCCGGUCCUGCGACUACUCCCAUGGAUCCUGGAUCCACGAACCCAGCGCCUCCCCCAACUACGACCACACCUGCAAGGAGAUCUUCAGAGGCUGGAAUUGCAUCUCCAGCAACAAAUCCAACGGCCUCCAGCUCACCAAGUGGCGCUGGAAGCCGAAGGGCUGCGAUCUCCCGCCGUUCGAUCCCGUUAGCUUCCUCCACACUCACAGAGACACCAGCAUUGGUUUGAUUGGUGAUUCCUUGAACCGGAAUAUGUUUGUUUCGCUCUUCUGCUCGCUGAAGAGCGUGUCGAGUGAGGUGAAGAAGUGGCGGCCGGUUGGCGCUGACCGGGGGUUUACAUUUCUCGAGUACAAUGUUACGCUGGCGUAUCACCGGACGAAUCUUUUGGCUCGUUACGGUAGGUGGUCGGCUAAUGCUAAUGGUGGGGUGCUGGAAUCUCUUGGAUAUAAAGAGGGUUAUAGAGUUGAUGUUGACAUUCCGGCAGAGACAUGGGCAGAGUCUCUAAGCUUUCAUGACAUUCUGAUUUUCAACACAGGACACUGGUGGUGGGCUCCUGCAAAGUUCGACCCCAUAAUGUCGCCUUUGCUUAUGUUUGAAAAUGGUCAACCCGUGGAUCCUCCUGUACUUCCUGAUGUUGGCCUUGAUAUGGUUUUAAAACACAUGGUAACGUUUGUGGAGAAGAGACUGAAGCCUGGUGCAAUCAAAUUCUUUCGUACUCAAUCACCUAGGCAUUUUGAAGGAGGUGACUGGAACCAAGGUGGUUCUUGUAACCGUCAAAACCCUUUAUUGCCAGAGCAGGUUGAAGAACUCUUCUCAUUGAAGAAUAAUGGAACAAAUGUGGAGGCACGACUCGUAAAUCAACACCUUUCCAAGAUUCUUGAGGGGUCAGGUUUCCAUAUUUUGGACAUAACCCACCUGAGUGAGUUCAGAGCAGAUGCCCAUCCAUCCACAGCUGGUGGGAAGAAGCACGAUGAUUGUAUGCACUGGUGUUUACCAGGAAUAACAGAUACUUGGAAUGACUUGUUCAUAGCACAACUAAAUAAUGUCAAAUUGAGAACAAAGUAAGUCUUUUGUUUUGA